GACCCCUCACUGCCCCGACUGCUUGCUGUUCUCUCUUUCUUGGGCUCUGAGGACCCAGGAGUCUGGGUGCACAGCCUCCUUCUCUCUGAGAUUCAAGAGUCUGAUCAGCAGCCUCUUCCUCCUCCAGGACCCAGAAGCCCUGAGCUUACCCCCAUGGAGCUCUGCCGGUCCCUGGCCCUGCUGGUGGGCUCCCUGGGCCUGAUAUUCUGCCUGAUUGCUUUGAGCACCGAUUUCUGGUUUGAGGCUGUGGGUCCCACCCACUCAGCUCACUCGGGCCUCUGGCCAACAGGGCAUGGGGACAUCAUAUCAGGCUACAUCCACGUGACGCAGACCUUCAGCAUUCUGGCUGUUCUGUGGGCCCUGGUGUCCGUGAGCUUCCUGGUCCUGUCCUGCAUCCCCUCACUGUUCCACCUAGGCCACGGCCCGCUUGUCUCAACCACCGCAGCCUUUGCUGCAGGUAAGGACUCUGGACUGGACUGGGGCAUCGGGAGCCAGCGAAUUCCUGCCGAGGAGCUGAGCCAUCUCUCUUGUCCUUGUCCCCAGCCAUCUCCAUGGCGGUGGCCAUGGCGGUGUACACCAGCGAGCGGUGGGACCAGCCUCCACACCCCCAGAUCCAGACCUUCUUCUCCUGGUCCUUCUACCUGGGCUGGGUCUCAGCUAUCCUCUUGCUCUGUACAGGUGCCCUGAGCCUGGGUGCUCACUGUGGCGGUCCCCGUCCUGGCUAUGAAACCUUGUGAGCAGAAGGCAAGAGCGGCAAGAUGAGUUUUGAGCGUUGUAUUCCAAAGGCCUCAUCUGGAGCGUCGGGAAAGUCUGGUCCUACAUCUGCCCCGCCCUUCCAGCCCUUCCCCAGCCCCUCCUCUUGUUUCUUCAUUCAUUCAACAAAAUUUGGCUGGAAUCUGGUUAU